UUUGCUCCACCAUGGCUACCGGAUCGCACGAUCCAGUCCGAUCUGGUAGCAUUUCACCUCUGACUUAAACCAUUUGUUUAAUGACUGUUUGAAGUUACAAUGUCACUGAAAAAAAUGACUUUUGACCAUUUUUCACAUUCACAACCAUUGCAGCUUCCCUGUGAUCACAUGAUCAAAAUUUGGAUACUUGUAUUUAUGGUGGUGGCAGUUUCCCAGGAUCAUGUGAUCAUCUUUUGCAACCUUCGACAAGCAAAGUCAGUGGGGAAGCUAGAUUCAGUUAAUUGCUAUGUCACUAAUUUAACAACUGCAGUAAGUUAUUUAAUAACUGUGAACUGGUUGUAAAAUGAGGCAAAAUUCACUUAGAAACUGUCUUGAUUAAUAAUGGAAAUUAUGGGCUCAAUUGUGGUCAUAAAUCAAGGACUACCAGUUGUGGUCGUAAGUCCCACUACCCAAAGCAUGCCAGUUAGCAGUUGCAGUCCAAUCUAGGUAAGAGAAGCUUGAUCGAGUUGAGAUGCAUGUUGUCAAGUAUUUGCUUAUAACUUUCUUUCAGUCAGAAAAUUGAAACCAUACAGUUUCUUUAGGAAGAAUUAAAACAACUGAACCAUUUCCCAAUACACCUCAAAGUACUUUGGGGUGGAAAUAUUUUGUUUGUGUUUUCUAACUGCCUUCUUUGUGUCUGGCAAAAUGGUAGGGGCUUUUCCUCCUCCAAUAUCAGUGAACAUUGCAACUUAUUAAUUACAUAAAAGUCUCUUGAUUUCUUUUUCGGGCGGGAAUUAACUCUUACACGUGAUUUUGUGAACAGAUGGAAAAUUGCUUGGUACUCAAGAUGAAUAAUGAGUAAAUUAGUUGAAAAGGCUAAAAAACCAAAACCAUCAGUGGGUGGAAAUACCUGGGCACCUUGUCCCACAUCUUUGUUUGCAAACUUCUAACUUUUUAAAGCCACAGAAUACUUUGGUGUUUUUUUUUAAAAUCCACAGUUAUUUAAAAAAAACACAGGACAAUGAAAGUACCAUAAAAGUACAAUAUGAAAGGAGGUAGGGGAGUUGGCUAUUGAUUUGCCUACCAGAGCUGUGCUGUCAAAAAUGAAUGAGCCCAGAACAACAUCUAAAUACGAUUAAUUUUAAAUUUAAUAAAUGCAGUUACUGAAUUUGAUUAUUAUUUUUGUCACAUUAAAAAUUGUACUUUGAUAGCAACAUCUAAAGGGUCUUGGAAGGAAUACCAAUUUUUAGGGAACUGAAUGAAAACUUCAGACUGCUACAUGCCUAUCCUUGUUUUAUGCAUUCAUUGUAUGAGUCUCUGAAUCCUAAUAUCUCAAAAAUAUCCUAAAAGUUUACAUUGAUUUUGUUUCGCAGGGUAAACAUAGUUACUUCUCUAGAAGUAUGUAUCAACCUUGUCACUUGAAUUCUUGUGAGUAUGUAUAUGUGCAUAUUGAUAUUUAAGAGGAAAGUAUUAGCACAUUUUGGAACAACCACUGGUAUGAAUCCACCCACAUUUCAAAAGAUUGUUGUGGUGGCACUUCUUCUUUUACAGCUGAGGAGAAAUGAAUGCCAUUAUCUGCUUGGGCUCACCGGGUUCAUUCUCAAGAAUGAAUGCUUGAAUUCUAUCAGCCUGUAUGGUUUGGGGAGGCCAGUUGAUGUGAGGCUAUGGAAUAGCUAACAAGUAAAAGCAUUUUACAAGGUAGGCUUUACCAUUAAGCUCUGGAUCCAAAGGUGCUGGAUAAUCGCCUCAAAACUGGGCCAAAUACACUGGAGUGUGGAAAACAUGGCAGGGGGACAAAGCCACUGAAUCUGUGUGGCUUCUGGCAGGCUUGUGGUGCCUUCUUCCAAAGAACUUCAGAUGAAGUUGGUCAGGGAGAGCCUGUGACAAGAAAAUUUCCAUAUCAAAACUCUCGAGGACACUUUCAAGAUAUUAUCAGAUAUUGCAGGUAUAUCUGGCUUGACUCCUGGUUUCAAACGUGUUAGGAGAUCUGUAGUUUCAGGGCAAGAGGGAAGAGACAACACAUUCCACUUUCUAAUCCUCUCAAAUAUUUGCAGGUAUUGUCAACACUGGUGAGGCAGGUAAAGCAAGUCUAUUUUAGGUAUGUUUCUACAUGAUGGAAAUUGGCAGGUUUAAACAGCCUGUUGCAGAGAUCUGGCUGGGUAUAUAGAUCCUGUAAUAUGAAUGAUUAGCUUAUUGUUGUUUGGCUGUCUUUUCUCAUGAGUUUCCCUAUGCCCUGUAUAUCAUACCAAGAAGCAGUAGAGGAGCUGAGGCCAUGCUGAGUGAAACUGAGUCCUCCGUUCAUCUAGCUCUCCAAAAAGCCUGGGUACAAUUAAACUUGCAAUCAACUCCUUUAAACACUGUCCAGAUAUGGAAAACCCAGAGGUUGAGUCAGACUUUCUCCGAAGUGUGCAUGCCCUUCUUCGGGAACUUGAUGGCCAUCAUCCAGCCUUCCAAAGUGAGAGAGGCUCGGCUUGGUCAUCUCCUACAUGUUCUGCCUACAUAAUCUGGAGGAAGGAAAGCUUGACUGUCCAUGCUUGGAUGUCAUUCACUUGGAAUUUGUUUCUGGAUACCUUACUUGGGAUGCUGAGAUGGACCUUGCACAAGAAAAUCGACCGGAAUCCCCAAAAUGGAAUCCUCUGGAUUAAAAUUUUGGUGAAAGAACUUGAAAGAGCAGAAAGAUGUAAUCAUCAAAAGCACAUCAUCCCUCUGGUUCACACACUGAUGUAUACGCUGAUCAAAGUGCCUUGCUUAUCUGAUGAUCUGUAUGAGAGGGUCUAUGAUUUCUUCAAGAAGUUGCUUACUUUGCCCAAGCCUUUCUGCACUAUUGGUUUGGAUUAUGCUUGCCAACUGAAACUAGAACGAGCAAUCCCAGGGAUAUUAUACCAAAGGAAAGUCUCUGCAGAACAAGGUCUCAAAAAUGACUCAUUCCCUUAUCAGGAUAAGAUUUUCAUGUUUGUUGAUCCAGAUUUGCUCUCUGGGGCUGUAUGCCAAGCACUAGUUGAUGAAAUCAAGGCUGCUCAAAUGUUCCAGUGUGCCAGGUCCUGCAUGAUCUAUGUGAUAGCACAUGCCUUCCAAACAGGCCUGAAGGAACAUUGUGAUAUGAGGAACUUGCAUGAAGCAUUUCAGGCAAAACCCUUAGAUGAGAUUGAACAUUGUUUCCAAGAAGUGAUGGCAGCAACUGAACAUGCAGUUGAAGAAAUGAAUUUGGAAUGUAGUCAAUAUGUUGAGGCCCUUGAGAACAUCUACAGCACAUUGCUGAGUUCUUCAGACAGAAGGGUGAAGUCUUCAGUAGACAGAAGGUCAGACAUCCCUUUGCCCAACCCUAAAAUCAGCUUCCACCUAUGGACUGAUGAAGACCAACUUUGGAAAGAGCUGGUGCAGUUUCUCCGUUCACCGAGUCAGUGUGGUGAACAGGAUUCUCUCAGUCCAGGACUGGAUGGCUUUGAAUUUCAAGAUCUGGUGCCAGACUAUGACUGCUGUGAACAGAUACGUUUCUCUGUGCUCUCCAAUGACAGUGGGAUUGAGCGGGACUUGCCCCUUCUGGUUGAUGACAUGCCAACUUCCUGCAAUGCUGAGACUGAGCAUUCUAGACUCCAGAGAAAGGGUUGCAUGAAGAAAAAAUAUGCAGAUAGUGUAGCUUUGCUUCAAAAUAAUUGCAGUGGCCAAGGUGCAAAGCAGACUGGGAAACUGCACCGGAAGUCUGGUGGUAGUACCAUGGAACCAAUAGUUAAAGUGAAAAAACUGCAUACAGCUCGUGUCUUGGUGCUGGGUGAUGACAGGGUACUGGGACGCCUUGCCCAAGCCUAUCACUCUCUGAGGAAGCGAGAAAGCAGGCGGGUGUUUCUUACACAAAGGCUAAAAGUACAUUUUUAUUAUGUGCCUCUUGUUGAAGAGCAAUCAACCUCUUCCCUUAUUGAGGGAGAGCCAUGUGAGUUGGCUGCCUAUCUUGGAAGAGCUGAUCCGUGGUACGAGAGCAAUAUUAAUUCCCUCUGUUACACGAUUCCAAAGCUGGCCACCAUGCUUUCUUCACCAAGCAAAUCCACACUCUCUGAAUUGUUCAUUAUUGAUGUGAUUGCAUAUUAUGUGCGUCUGGGCUUACAGCCAGUUUUCUUCCAAGUCUAUGCAGUGAAGAUAUUUUUUAAUAAUGCUGCCUUGGAGCCAGUUGAGGAUAUUUUCCUCACUGAGUUAAGAAUAAACUUUGAAGAGUUCAACGCUUCCAAAGACAAUUUACCAACAAAGAAGAAACCAACAAUAGAAUUUCCUGGUGCAGAACUUACAUUAUUAUAUAAAAAGGUUUUCCUGAGUAACCGUGAAAAGGAUGAGAUACUUUCUUUGCGAUCUACAGGCCUUGUUAUAAAAACCAUUCCUUCACAUGAAUUUGAAGAUCUAGUAUGCUUGACUGUAAAUAUUGAUGAAGUCAUAAAAACCUCAGGACGAACAUAUUCUUUAAUGACAAAUACUAUACGAAUGCGCGACAUCAGUCUCAGAAGUACAGAACAAAGAUCUUUUACUGUGUUCCUUGACAAGGAUUCCAGGCGAGCCUAUAAGAAUGUUAUCAGUAUUCAAGUGUUUCCCUGCCUAGAACCCAGCUACUGUUUGCAAAAAUCAAGAACAAAACAGACCAACUUGCAAGAGGAAGAAGACGAUGAUAUAGGACUGGCCAAAUACUUACCUAAGUCUUUACUCUUACCCAUCAAUACUUUUGCAGGCAUUAUUCGAUAAAGAAGCUGACAAUCCCAACUUUUCAAAAUCUUGUGUUGAGUUUCAUUAGGAAUUGUUCUAAUGAAAGAGAGGUGUCAAGAUGAAAAGAAACAAGUAUUGUCAAAAGAACAAGACAGGUUUUUAGCAGUAGAAAUUAGAAAAUCCCAUCCAAUAUAGGAACAUUUUGUAGCAUGUCAGGUGCAAGGAACCAGAACAAUUCAUGAAUAAGCCAAAGCAGUUUAUUUAUUGUUGAUCACCUGUUUACAAGAAUCGUACCAGACUAACUGCAUUCCCUUGAGAACCGGGGAAUAAGGGCUUCACUAGUCUGGCCUUUGUCGCUUCCUGCCAUAGACUAGACUGACAUAGCGCUGUUGCACCUCUUUACUCCCCCCUCUCCUUUAACCAGCGAUUCUACCACAUUGCAUGAGAUAAAGGAAAGUGAGCUCUGAUGCAAAAGAAAACAAGGUAUGAAAUCUUUAAGCUACUAUACUGUGUUUUCUUUGAAUACAGCAUUUCUUUUUUUAGAAGAUGAAGAAAGAAUGGCUUUCAUUUUAUCAUGUGUACGGUAAAUGUAAUUAGAUUCCUUACACGGAGGCUUUAGUUAAAUCUCAGUUGAGGCAUGUUGUUGUAAAUUUAUCACAGAUAAGAUAAACUUGUUCUAAAAAAAACAUAGAUAGAUAAGCUUUGUCCCAAAAGUAAGAAUUUAGAUUCAGUGCAAUGUUUGCAAUGUUUCUUUCAUUAGAAAAUAAGUGGAAGAAUGUUAAACAAAUGCGUGCACUUGUUAAACAAAUGUGUGCAUUAUUAUCAUAUAAGAGCCAUGGUGGCGCAGUGGUUAGAAUGCAAUACUGCAGGCUAUUUCUGCUGGCUGCUGGCUGCCUGCAAUUUGGCAGUUCGAUUCUCACUGACUCAAGAUUGACUCAGCCUUCCAUCCUUCUGAGGUCAGUAAAACGAGGACCCAGAUUGUUGGGGAAAACAUGCUGACACUGUAAACCGUUUAGAGAGAGCUGUAAAGCACUGUGAAGCAGUAUAUAAAUCUAAGUGCUAUUGCUAUUGCUAUAAUGGUAGUCAAGGAAACAAGAAAAAUUGUAAAUUGUAUAGUGACUGCCUUUAUUUCUGACUGGCCCCUUUUGCUUAUUUAUGAGCUUGUAUUGAAUGUACAUUCAAUACAUUUCCAAGAAGCUAGUUUUUAUUUUGUCAAGUCUUGCAUAGCAUCUCUGCUUGCUUUGGCCAUCUUGACCCCAAUUGUCUCAUAUUGCAAGAAAUCUAAAAUAUGUUACUUGAAUGCUCUGUUGUUAUUCAUCCCUUUCUCACUUCAUCCUAAAAUAAUAUCUUUGUGACCUUCUAUCCAAUUGUUUUCUAACUUCAUUGACAUCUUUUUUCUGGCCCUGGAGUUACCUUAAGCCUAUUCCACACUUAAUCAUGGGUCCCUUAUGUUUGUUUGUUUUUAAAAACCAUUUUAUUCAGUUGUGAGGUAAGAUACAAAAUACAAAAGUAAAUAGGAAGGCAGUGGGGGGUAGGAGAAGGGGGAAGAGAAGCUAGGGCUGGGAAAAAGAAAAAAAAAGCAUUGAGUUCCACGUCCCUUUGUUGCAGUAAAAUAAAGUAUUAAUAAUCAAACCACAACUUUUUGCUUUUUCAUAGUAAUACAAAUUAGCCAUUUCUGUAAGCAUCUAUGGGUCCCUUGGUUUUGAUCUUGUUUAUGUCCUGUGAUUUUCUCAGUCUCAUUUCAGUCUCUUUUCCUUUGUGUUCCAGUCACAUUCUUUGUCUAUAUAAAUGUCUUAAUAUACAGAUAAAUAUGUCCUUGAAUCAUCCCAGGUGAGUCCAUGCAGUUUUCUUGGCAGUGUUACAAAAUAGUUUGUCACUGCCUUCUUCAGGGUCUUACCUGCACCACCACAUCUUUGCAGUUUUAGUCUACUCUGGAAUUCCCUGACAACCCUCUUAUCUAAAAACUGACAAGGCCAACUGCUUAGCUCUUAAUAUCAGCCAGCCUCGUGCCAUCUACUUGUGAUUUUAUUGAGGUCUGUUACUAUACAGAUCUAUUACACAAAUUGUGAUAAUAUAUAAAACUCACUCUAUUUUGCUGCCAUGGUGAUUUUGGGAGCUGUAAUUUCAUGAAAUGCAGAUAACCAAACCUGAAUCAGGUUGCUGAAGAGUGCUUUGAUUGUGAAGUCAACAGUAGGUGGCUAUAUACCUGAGGCACAGGUAUGAUAAAUGAAGGGAUCAUUCCCAUACAUGAUGAACAGGAGGACUAAAUGAUCAAAUUUGAAUAGAGUUCAGGAGUAUUUUUCUGCCUCCUACAGUAUUUUUAAAAUAUUGUUUUUCAUUUUGCUUAGUGGCCCUCACUGGGUCUUCAGGAUAGUUUAGGAAAUACUACUACUGGUAAAAUGAAAUGGCAAAAAUAAAAAUUAUAGUAAAGUAUGAAUAUCACAAGGGAGAAAACAAUCAUUUUAGGGAUAUUACAAAAGUUUAUCUGCUUUCUACAGCCACUGUUAUUACACUUUUUAUGUUCAAACCUGAUUUAGCUAUUGAUGCACACUCUCCCUAUAUAUAACAUGAAUAGUUUACAUGAGAGAAACAGACUGCAAGUUUUACGCAGCAUGAUGUUCAGAGUUCUCAAAAGCAGCCUUUAUAUAGUUUCGUCUUUCUAUAGUAUGGUCAUAGGGUUCCUUUCAAUUGCGUAAUCAUUGUAAAUAGACAAAGCCUGGAAUAUGGAAGGGAUCACAUUCAACAGAGCAAUAAUACAAAUGUAUUAGGUUGAGCAAUGGCUGAUGGAAAAACAGAUAAUAUAAAACUAAUAUUUUCAUGAGCUGCUGUGAAGAUCAAUCUCUUUUUAAGAAAUAAAAGAUAGAAUUUUAAGCAUAUAUUAAAGAGUUUCCUAAACAUGGUGCUGCAGCUAAACGUUUACAACCCAAAAGUUAUUAGAUUAUUUUGAAUAUUGAGUUAUAUCUGUAUUAAAGAGAUGUACAUUGUGUAAAUACAUUAUAAAUUAUUUGUAUAGUUAUAACAUCUGCUGGAAAGUGGCAGUCUUUAAUUUCAUUAAAUUACUUUUUAAAAAGUUUAA